AUGAGAUGGCGAAGUCACCAGAGCUAUAUCCUGUGGUGGUGCAGGAUUUCUGUUAAUAUUCCACCAUUUGGGGAACUGGCAUGGCUAGCUGCCUUUGACACCACCUUAGGUGUUUGCCAUGAUGAUUUUAAUACCUUCUUUAGUGAGACUGGGUCUGGCAAGCAUGUGCCAAGGGCUAUAUUUGUUGAUCUAGAGUCCACUGUCAUUGAUGAGGUUGGAGGAGGGACUUACAGACAAAUCUUGCACUUGGAGCAACUUAUUUCUGGCAAGGAAGAUGCUGCUAAUAACUUUGCUAGCGGACAUUAUACAGUUGGUCAGGCAAUUGUGGAUCUUUGCCUUGACCAAGUGAGAAAAUUGGCUGAUAACUGCACUGGUUUCAAGGAUCUUUUGAAUUUAAUGCUGUUGGCAGUGGAACCAGUUUCUACUGCUGUUGUGGGACCUUAUAAUAGCAUGCUCUCAACUCAUUCUCUACUUGAACACGAUGAUGCUGCUAGUUUGGACAUUGCAGAGUUUCAGACUAACCUUGUGCCGUAUCCUUUUAUCCAUCCCAUGCUCUCAUCAUAUGCCCCAGUAAUCUCAGCUACAAAGGCUUACCGUGAGCAGCUAUCAGUUCCUGAGAUUACAAGUGCUGUUUUUCAACCAUCAAGCACGAUGGCUAAAUGUGAUCCAAGGCCUGGGAAGUACAUGGCAUGCUGUUUAAUGUACUAUGGAGAUGUUGUACCUAAGGAUGUCAAUGCUGCUGUUGCUACCAUCAAAACUAAGUGGACUGUUCAGUUAGUAUAUUGGUGCCCUACUGGUUUCAAGUGUGGUAUCAACUAUCAGCCACCCACUGUGGUACCAGUGGGUGAUCUCGCCAAGGUGAAGGAAUGGAGGAAAGUGAAUUCUCAUAAGCCUGUGAAGAUCUUGCUGCUCUCGAGAAAGACUAUGAGGAAGUUGGCGUAG